AACCAGAAGGUGUUUAAUCGAGACAUUCGAGGACACGCGCGAAACAAUCAAAUCAUAACCUCUUCUACCAUACUGCACGAAGACUCAGAGACUCCCCGAGGCUAUGACCACUACAGCACAUCGCUUCAAUCACAUCUCACCCUCCAUCUCUCACUUAACAAUUCGUCGGCGCCUGAGUCACCACCGCCGUAAUCCUCUGUGUCGAAGUCCUCGUGACCACAGCCAACGGCACCCACAACGUCAGAGUGUUCGUCUUCGUCGGCUGCGUGAUCGUGAUCGUCUUGAGCGCAUUGGCGUUGUACGUCGCGGUGGAGGUCACGCUCACGGUCGUGAGGACCAGCGAAGUCACCGAAACCGUCGUCAGUGGCGCGGUGGUGACCACGGUCGAGGUCGUGAUGCCGGCGGCACUGUCUUGGACGGUUAUUGUUGGGUAGUCGGGACCUCGCUUUUGAAGUGCCCCUGCACGUGGCAGGAGGACAUCGCGGCUGUCCGCUGGUACUUGUUUGUGCUCGAUCGAACCAGAGCGGGCGGUUGGUCGUGCGAGGGGUUCUGUUUGGGUUGCUGGAGACCCGGUCUCGCGUGGAAGGAGGAUGCCAACGGUUGCGUGGAGUCCUGGGAUUGUGAUGGCGAUGCGAAGAUUGACGAGGUCGGCGACGCGAGCGGUCGCUGUGGUGGUGGGACACGCGCGUGUUCUUGUGGUGGUGGCGACAACCGUGGCGGUAAGUCUGGUCUGCGUCAAUGAGAUCAGCGCCCGAGUCGUCAGUGCCAAAGCCGGCCACGGCGUGACUGUUCUGGUCGCAGCAUAUGCGCCAGAGACUGUGCUUGUCACAGUUCGAGCUGUGGUAGUGAUGCUCUCUGUGGCAACAACAGUCGUACUCGUGGCUGGCGCGCUGGUAGAUGUGAUAAUCACGGUCAAAGGGAUCUUUGAAGUGACUUGCGGUGCGACAUCAAGCUGAAACGAACGAAUGUAAUUGAUCGGAGCACACUGCCCAUUAUUUGAGAGGACAAUGAUGGAGUAUUCACCACUUGUCAAUUGGUCUUUGGCAAUGGGGCUUCUAUCGGUCAGCGGCACUUAAUUGGUCAUUCGCCUCGAGAACACUGACCAGAUGAUCUGUUGUUGCGUCCCGUCCGGCGUCAGUGGCGUACUGUUGCACAAAUACUGAUCGCCCUGUGGGUCGACGAGGAUAUUGUCGGCAAG